AUGCCAAAUCAGGAUAAUGAGCAGAAGAUUUCAAAGAAGAAAUUAAAAAAGAUGACCAGGUUAAGUGUAGCUCAGUUAAAACAGUUGGUAACAAGACCUGAUGUAGUAGAGAUGCAGGAUGUUACAGCUCGUGAUCCUAGAUUACUUGUACACUUAAAGGCUACAAGAAACUCAGUUCCAGUACCAAGACAUUGGUCAUAUAAACGUAAAUAUCUACAGGGAAAACGAGGUAUUGAAAAACAACCAUUUGAAUUGCCAGACUUUAUCAAAUCUACAGGAAUAGAAGAAAUGAGAGCUGCUCUAGCAGAAAAGGAAGACCAGAAAACAAUGAAAUCUAAAAUGAGAGAAAGAGUUAGACCUAAAAUGGGUAAAAUAGACAUUGAUUAUCAGAAACUACACGAUGCUUUUUUCCGAUAUCAAACUAAACCUAAGAUGACAAUUCAUGGUGAUUUGUAUUAUGAGGGUAAAGAAUUUGAAACAAGAUUACGAGAGAAGAAACCUGGCAAUAUAUCAGAUGAUUUAAGAAUUGCUCUUGGUAUGCCAGUUGGUGGGAAUUCAGAGAAAGUGCCACCACCAUGGUUGAUAGCUAUGCAGAGAUAUGGACCUCCUCCCUCCUACCCUAAUCUAAAAAUACCAGGAUUAAAUGCUGGAAUACCAGAGAACUGUACAUUUGGUUACCAUGCAGGAGGUUGGGGGAAGCCCCCAGUAGAUGAGACUGGUAAACCUCUGUAUGGUGAUGUUUUUGGUACACAGAAUAUUGACAUAGUGGCUCCAGUAGAGGAAGAUGAUCUAGAUAAAUCAUUAUGGGGUGAAAUGGAGUCUGAAUCAGAAUCAGAGGAAGAGUCUGAAGAAUCAGAAGAAGAAGAUGAUACUGGAUUAAUAACACCAUCAGAAGGAUUGAUAACCCCAAGUGGAAUGACAUCAAUACCAAUUGGAGUGGAAACACCAGAAAUGAUAGAGUUGAGAAAACGACGAAUAGAAGAUGCCAUGGACCAGGGUGGAGACACUCCAGCUCUGUAUCAAGUUUUACCAGAGAAGAAACAGUCUGUGGGUGGUGCUAUGAUGGGCUCUUCACAUGGUUACGAUAUUCCUGCUCUUGGCAAGAAACCUGGAGAAAAAUUGACAGUGGAGGGCAUUGAAGUGACCUUGAACCCAGAAGAACUUGACCUUGACACAGCGGCCAUGCAAGCUAAAUAUGAACAGACGGUUAGAGAACAGCAAUCACAACUGGAAAAAGAAGAUUUAAGUGACAUGGUUGCUGAACAUGCUGCCAAACAAAAGAAACGGAAAAACAAGCAAAGCGACAGUGGAAAAUCUGCCAAAAAAUACAAAGAAUUUAAAUUUUAA